AUGUCCGGGCAAAAGAGGACCCGCAAGCGACCCAACCCAACUCCGUCCAGGUCCCGUACGAUCGACCCUGUACCCGGCCCUGAACGACCUGCAAAACGCCGGUCGACGAUUGAAACCACUUCUAAUCAGCCCGACUUCCGUCUCGCAAUCGACUUCGGCACUAAAUACACUACUGUUGCCUGCGCUAGAGGCUCUGGGACUGGAAAGGCCAUCUUCACAAUCCAGGAAUUCCCAGAUGACCCAACGCCUCACAGGGCUGACAGACAAGUUCCUACGGAAAUCACAUAUUCUCAAGACAGAACGCAAGCGCUAAAGAUUACCUAUGGGUAUGAGAUAGAAAGACAACGCGAAUUCCCUGAUGGUGACUAUGUAGAACUGGGACAUGUCACAAACGUCAAGCUGCUGUUAGACAAGAGUUCGUACUUGAAGCCUAUGAGGAAAGAGCUGAUGGAGGUGCUUAAGAAGCUUAAGGCAGCUCAGAUCAUUAAGAAGGAUGAAAAAGUCAUCUUCGAUCUACUAGUGUGCUAUCUGCAGCACACGAAGGAUAUCUUACGACGAGACCAUGGUCUCGACAAUGGUAGUAAAGUGGAGAUUACGUUCUGCGUUCCUGUGUGUUGGAAUCCUUCUGCAAACGCAAGGAUGAGCGCGUGCUUGCAGGAGGCUAUGAGGAAGGUUCAUCUUGGCGUUGAUAACGGCGGUGUCUGCAACCUCUUCAUGGUCAACGAAGCUGAAGCUGCCGCAACGUAUACAUUGACCUCCACGUUCUAUCCGCCAAAGGGGGGUGAAGUGUUCGUACUCUUAGACUGUGGUGGGGGUACUACAGAUGUCGGGGUAUACACAAUCGGCCGCGAAUACCCUUUUCGACUUGGUAGGGAAGUUACUCCUGCGACUGGCGUAGUAUGCGGGUCUGGGGACCUGAACAGGCGAUUUCGCGAGUUCUCGGUCCAACAACUCCAGAAAGCACAGAUUCCGGAGAAGGACACAUUUGAGACUGAGAGAAUAGUCGAUUCGGACCUGAUGCCACGUUUCGAGAAUCUGGUCAAGCGAUCUUUCUCACUGAAGGCCAAAAAAGCCGACAGGAGCCCUUUGUACCCAUUCCCAAUUAGGGGAUUGCAAAGAGUUGAGGGGAACAGCCGAAUCAGAGACAACUCUUUUGUAUUGAGCUUCGAAGAUAUGGAGAAAAUAUUCAUGCCUAGCCUCACGACGAUCUCGAACCUGAUGGAGAAACAAAUCAGUAAUGCAUUGAAGUAUGCCAACGUAGACAAGGUCGCGUUGGCCGGCGGUUUCGGCGACUCCCCAGCACUGAAGGAAGCUAUCACCGAUACCCUUAUCCGAAUUAAUGAAACGCACAAGACGAACAUUAAGCUACUCGCAGCUCCUUCGAAUACAGGAGCUGUUGGUGUCGCCACCGGCGCCCUGCUACGGGCUCAAAAUAAAGAGUACGGCCCCGCAAGAGUGCCUUGUCAGAGCAUCGGCAUCUAUCAACAUAUCCGGAACGAACCACAUCUGUACUCGGAUGAGGUCCUUGAUCACGAUGAAGAUGACUGGAAGGUGUUAAUUGACGGACAGAGAUAUAUUGAGAAGACUAUCAAGUGGAUCAUCAAGGUGGGAGAAGGCGAAUUUGAGCCUGUGCACGAGUUUGAAUGGGAAGACCUACAAGUCUUUCAUCGCUUGUCUAACAAUUGGAACGCUGAGCAUGAUCUGUUCGCGUCUGAUGUAUGUACAGAAGACUUCUAUACGCGCUCACACGCUCGAAAUUGGGGCAAGACGUUCUAUAUUGGCAAGGUCGUGUUUAACCUUAUGCCUCUUAAGGAACAUAUCGAGUUGUAUGUCCCCAAGAACGGGGAAGACGGAGAAGAGAGAUUUGAGUGCAAAAUUCUUAUUAAGAUGAAGCUCAUUGAUAAGCAUUUAGACUUCACUGCCUACUGGCCAGCUGAUGGCCCCCAUCUGAUUACUAUCAAGGGGUGCCACAAGCAUAUCAACGUGGUGUCGGCUUUUGCAUCUGGAACGGCGUAGACGGCG